AUGUCCAAGCAAGACCCCGCCGAUCAGGUCAAGUUCCUCGUCUCCUGCAUUGGACACACGUCCAACGGCCGACCCGACUUCCAGGCUGUCGCAGAUGAGCUUGCCAUCGUUUCCAAGGCCGCUGCUCAGAAGCGAUAUGAGCGAAUGCUGAAGGCCCAUGGCAUCAGCCGCCCUGGCGCUCUUGCUGGAGGCGACACCGCUCCCACCACUCCCACCAAGCGCAAGGCCAAGGCCGAGGGUGCUGGCAGCGCCAAGAAGAAGCCUGCUCGCGGAAAGGCGAAGAAGGAGUCUGACGAGGACGAAGAGGCCGAGGCUAAGCCCAAGCCCAAGGCUAAGCGUGGCAAGCAGACGGAAAAGGUCAAGAAGGAGGAGGAGGACAGCGACUCUGGCGAGUCUCAUGGCUCUUCUCUCACCGAGCCUCCCGCCGUCUCUGAGGAGGGCAGCUCCUAG